UAAAACAUUUGGACUCUCCACAACUUGCUGUUUAUCAAUGCCUCUGACAGGAGGAGGGUUUUCUUUUGCGCUUGCUUUUUCUAGAAGCAUGACCACAUCCUGGCUGGUGGAGAGGCAAGGAAAGGAGAGAGGGGUUGCGGAGGGAAGCGGAACAGGGAGGCCCGUGGGACGCGGGGUCUGGGGGAGAGCAGGUAGCAGUGACGUGCCCGGACAGCUGUCAUUGCUCCUCAGACGGCCCGUGACUGCUCUGCAGCAGGUGCAGCCUGCUCGCUCACUAGGUCUUCACUCCACAAAGGCAACGACUGGCCAAGGCAGUGGCUGGCCCUGGAUGACACAAGUGCAGACACUCAACUAAGUGAGCUGGAAGACCCAGGGGAAGGCCAAGGCUCAGGUGCCCACAUGAUCAGCACAGCCAGGGUACCUGCGGAUAAGCCAGUACGCAUUGCUUUCAGCCUCGAUAAUGCCUCAGAUGAUACACCUUCUGAAGACGCCAUUCCUCUGGUCUUUCCAGAAUUAGACCAGCAGCUACAGCCUCUGCCGCCUUGCCAUGACUCCGCGGAAUCCAUGCAGGUGUUCAAACAGCACUGCCAAAUAGCGGAAGAAUACAAUGAGGUCAAGAAGGAAAUCGCUCUGCUUGAGGAAAGGAAAAAGGAGCUCAUCGCCAAGCUGGAUCAGGCCGAGAAGGAGAAGGUGGAUGCCGCUCAGCUGGCUCGGGAAUUCGAGGUGCUGAUGGAGGAGAACCGGACAUUGAAGUUGGCUCAGUCCCAAUGUGUGGAACAGCUGGAGAAACUUAGAAUACAGUAUCAGAAGAGACAGGGCUCGUCCUAACUUUGAGUGAUUCAGUGUGAGCAUAGAAGGUUGGUGACUGUUGUGUGCUGGCCAAAAGAUUUUUAUUUUCAAGGGCUAGUGUGUAAAAUUUUAUUGUUCCUUCUUAUUACCCACGUGGCAAACGUCUAUAAUGAAUUUAAUGCUUGCCAGAUCGAGUUUGACAGAAGGGAUAUUUUAUUUGAAAUAAGAUGAUUAAAGCAAACCUAUGGCCAUAAUAUGUUUUCAGAGAUCAAUUAUUCAUUUCCAAAGAUUUUUUUUCUUCUUCUUUAGGAAGAUGUGAUCACCCUGUACAUCAGGGUACAAAAUGAAGGAAAAUAGAAUAUUGACUGACUCGACUAAGAAUCCUGAACAGAAUUGAGCCAUGAAACAAACUAGUGAGAGGCUUGCCACAGGUUUAUAUCCAUGUAUCUUUAAAUUUCACGUCUUGACUCUUUCAACUGUGCUCGGACGUGAAGUCAGAAAUGUCUGCACACAUAUUUAUGUUCACCAGAGUUAGGUUUAAUCCCUCAAUGAUUGAUUGUACUAAGAAUAAAUGGUUGCCUAUCAUAAAAGCUUUCUCAUGAAAAUAUUAGCAGAAAGCAUGUUUGUGCCAAAAACACAUCUGCCAGUGCUAACUUGCUGUUGGAAUAAAAUGCUGAUAAGGUUGCAUUUCUUUCACGCCACGUUACCAACCAGUAAACAUCUCUGCCUUUGCUUGUGUGUGUUCUGGGGGCUUGGGGGGGAAUGGAAAAGUAUGGUUUGGACAUGACUUUGGUGAGUUCCCAUAAAAACAUCAGCAGAACUGUAACUAUGACUUUGUUUUUGAUUUGAGGAGAUAUUUUGGAUCAGGAAUAACAAGUAGGAUAUAUGAAUCAAUUCAGGAAUAAAAUGAUUUUUCCCUUGUUCCACCUAUCACCGUCUUUCCCCAAACUGAUCUCUUUGUUUUAUGUCCAUUUCUAUUCAUGUAAGUUCUUUUUCAUUAAACAUGAAUCAAAAUUGUCA